UCUCUCUCUCUCUCUCUCUCUCUCUCUCUCUCUAAAAAAAAAAAAAAAACCUUAAAAAUUAGAAAAUAAAGAAAAUAAAAUGGAACAGAAUCUACCAGUAAUAGCGAAGAGAAUAUGGAGGCUAGUACGCGCCGUAUUCUUCGUGUUGAGAAAAAGCAUGUCCAAGAGAAAACUACUCCUUGACCUCGACAUGAUGAUGAAGCGUGGCAAAAUCGCUGGCAAAGCUCUCGGCAACCUCAUGUUCCACCACCACCACCACCUCUUCACCGCCUCCGCGUCUGCCCGCCGAUCCGCCGACCACCCUAACCUCUCCUUCGCCUCCCAACGCGAGUACGAGUUCAGCUGCAGCAACACUCCUUCCUACCCUUUCUCCCUCUCCAAGCGCCGCAACCACUCCCACAACUUCUUCGGCUGCGCCCACGCGCCUCCCACCCUCGACGACGAGGCCACCACCGCCAAUGCCCUUAAAGCCGUGCUCGAGAUUUUGAACAAUAAUGACGUUGUUGUGGAGGCUUCUCCUGCACUUCCUGGCUUCGGAAAAAGCCCCAUGGUUCGCCAGCUUAGGAUCACCGACUCGCCCUUCCCCUUAAGGAACGUCGACGAUGAUGAUACUCAUGUUGAUGAAGCCGCAGAGGAGUUCAUCAAGAGGUUUUAUAAGGAUUUGAAGUUGCAGAGAGGAGAAUGAGAGAUUUUUAUUUUUACCGGCCAAACUAAUUUCGUGUAACUCCAAGUUUUAUUCAUGCUUAUGGGAAAAGCUAUAUAUAAUUGGAGGUAUUUGAGUCUUAAAAUAGUUGUUGAUAAAAACAAUAAAAAGCAAGCCUUGCUUUGA